AAGAAAUGGAGAUGACAAGCUCACUGGAGUUUCAGGCAGAAAUGAAAUCCAAAUACGACCGAAUGAGUGAACUGAAGGCUUUUGAUGAGUCAAAAGCUGGGGUGAAGGGACUCGCAGAUGCUGGAGUAACAAAGAUCCCGCAAAUAUUCAUCCAUCAUCAUCAUCAUCAUCAGCAACACAAUGAUGAUUCAGCUGGUUCCUCAUCCUCCGACCCCAACUUCAGCAUUCCAAUCAUAGACUUUGAAGGCAUUGGCAAAGAUGCUGGUCAACGUGCUAAGAUUGUCGAAGAAAUCGGAGAUGCGUGUGAGAAGUGGGGUUUCUUUCUGGUUGUUAAUCAUGGAAUUAAAUCAACUGUGCUGGAUGAGAUGAUUGAUGGGGUGCGUAGAUUUCACGAGCAAGACUGCGAGAUUAAGAAAGAAUUUUAUUCGCGGGAUGAAACGAAAAGUGUGAUAUAUAACUCCAAUUUCAAUCUCUAUAAAGCACGAGCAGCUACUUGGAGGGAUACCAUAUAUUGUGCUACGGCUCCUUCACCAAAGCCUGAAGAAUUGCCACAAGCAUGCAGAGAUAUAAUGAUUGAUUACUCGAACGCAGUAAUGAGAUUAGGCCUUACUGUAUUCGAGUUGCUGUCGGAAGCUCUUGGCCUCGAGCCCAACCACCUCAAAGACAUGGGUUGUGCCGAUGGACUUCUUGUUGUGGGCAAUUACUAUCCACCAUGCCCCGAACCAGAUUUGACUUUGGGCCUUAGCAAACACACCGAUAGUACAUUCCUCACUAUCCUUUUACAAGACCAAAUAGGUGGCCUUCAAGUCCUACAUCAAAAUCAAUGGGUCACUGUCACUCCCAUUCCAGGGUCAUUGAUCGUUAACAUGGGAGAUAUGAUGCAGCUAAUCUCCAACGAUAAGUUCAAAAGCGUGUUUCACAGAGUAUUGGCAAAGAAUGUUGGUCCAAGAAUCUCUGUUCCUAGUUUUUUCAGAAAACAUUUCAAGCAAGACAUUGCCGCCAACCCCAGGCUGUAUGGACCAAUUAAGGAGCUGCUAUCAGAAGAACACCCCCCAAUCUACAAGGAAACCACCUUAAAAGAUUAUGUUUACUCGAAAGGACUAGAUGGGACCUCUGGACUAGAAUAUUUCAAACUUUCAACUUCUUGUUCCUCAUCCUCCGACACCAGGUUCAACAUUCCAAUCAUAGACUUUGAAGGCAUCGACAGAGAUGCUGGUCAACGUGCUAAGAUUGUUGAAGAAAUUGGAGAUGCGUGCGAGAAGUGGGGUUUCUUUCUGGUUGUUAAUCAUGGAAUUAAGUCAACUGUGCUGGAUGAGAUGAUGGAUGGGGUGCGUAGAUUUCACGAGCAAGACUACGAGAUUAAGAAACAAUUUUAUACACGGGAUGAGACGAAAAGUUUUACAUAUAACACCAAUUUCGAUUUCUAUCAAGCAAGAGCAGCCAAUUGGAGGGAUACAAUAUAUUGUGCUACGGCUCCUUCUCCACCCAAGCCUGAAGAUUUGCCACGAGUAUGCAGAGAUAUAAUGAUUGAUUACUCGAACGCAGUAAUGAGAUUAGGCCUUACUGUAUUCGAGUUGCUGUCGGAAGCUCUUGGGCUCGAGCCCAACCACCUCAAAGACAUGGGUUGUGCCGAUGGACUUUAUGUUUUGGGCCAUUACUAUCCACCAUGCCCCGAACCAGAUUUGACUUUGGGCCUCAGCAAACACACCGAUAGUGCAUUCCUCACUAUCCUUUUACAAGACCAAAUAGGUGGCCUUCAAGUCCUACAUCAAAACCAAUGGGUCACUGUCACUCCCAUUCCAGGGUCAUUGAUCGUCAACCUGGGAGAUAUGAUGCAGCUAAUCUCCAACGACAAGUUCAAAAGCGUGUUUCACAGAGUAUUGGCAAAGAAUGUUGGUCCAAGAAUCUCUGUUCCUAGUUUUUUCAGAACACAUUUCAAGCAAGAGACUACCGCCAGCCCCAGGCUGUAUGGACCAAUCAAGGAGCUGCUAUCAGAAGAACACCCCCCAAUCUACAGGAAAACCACCCUAAAAGAUUAUGUUACUUAUAUUUACUCGAAAGGGUUAGAUGGGACCUCUGGACUUGAAUAUUUCAAACUUUGAACUUGUUCAUAGAUGAAUAUGGUUCAUUUAAUGUGUGACAUAUUUGAACUUCUAUUGUUCAAGCUCGAAUAUGGUUUUCUUGAAGAAAUUGUUGUUUUUAAUGUUGUUCUGCUUCAUUUGACCCCCCCUCCCCG